AUGGAGAGUCAAGACAAUUCGGCUGUGCAUGGAGCUGCCAAGGAGAGCAUGGCAAUGAGCCAGCCUGACUCAAUGCUCGCCACCAAUGAGGACCUCGAUAAAAUCUGGGAAUGGAAUGCUUCAAGGCCAAGGUCGGCCGACGGCUGUGUUCACGAUCUGGUUGCGGCGUUAGCUCAGGAGCGUCCCGAUGCACUAGCGAUCGACGCUUGGGACGGCCGACUCACCUAUUCGCAGCUUGAUGCGCUUACUGGCAGACUGGCGUAUGUUCUAUCUUUACACGGCGUGGUUGAGGGCUCUACUGUGGCGAUCUACCUGAAGAAGAGUCGGUGGACCCCUGUUGCCAUGCUCGGUGUUAUCAAAGCUGGAGCGGCAGCAGUAGUACUAGACGCAAAUCAACCCUUGGCGCGGCUUGAUAGUAUCCUUGAACAGACCGACCCGUCACUCAUUCUGACGUUACCGGCUCCGAAAUAUGACGUGCCAGGAUCUGGCCGUUACCGAAGCAUAGAGCUCAACGAUGCUCUCUUGAGCUCUGCAACUUCCGAACAACUGCACCGAGCAGUACCUUCCUCACAGAUAGUAUACAUCAGCUUUACGUCUGGAUCAACAGGGUCGCCGAAAGGUGCCUGCAUGAGCCAUGCCAAUGUCAGAAGCGCAGUCCUUCAUCAAGGCUCGAGCCUUGGCUUCAACGAAGACUCGCGCGUGCUGGACUUUGUGCCAUACUCGUUCGACGUGGCAUGGAGCAAUUUUCUGCACACAAUAUGCUCAGGAGGGUGCCUCUGCAUAGCGACAGAAGGGGAAAUGCUUCAAGAUCUGGCCUCCGUCAUUGCUUCCUACCGCUGCUCAUUAAUCAAUAUUACGCCAACUGUCCUGCGCACCCUGGAUCCUGGUCCCUCGACUUUGCAGACAAUCUUGCUCAGCGGCGAGCCGCCCUACCAGGAGAACAUUCUGCAAUGGGCGAGUCGCGUAAGACUUCUGAACACAUAUGGACCGACAGAAUGUACUUUCAAGACUGCGUUUUCUGUACUGCACCCGAACGUCGAACGGCCUACCGUCGGUACAGGACUGGGGACAUGUACCUGGCUUGUAGACCCUAGCGAUCACUCUCAACUCGUUUCUCUAAACGCUACAGGUGAGUUGAUGAUCGAAGGCCCGCUUGUGGGCCAGGGCUACCUCGCCAAUCCAGAGGCCACCGCUGCUGCCUUCAUCGAAAAUCCACCUUGGCUGAUCAGAGGACACGGAGCUCAUAGAGGAAGAACGGGCAAAGUUUACAAGACUGGUGAUCUUUUCAAGUACCGGUCGGAUGGUCAGCUGGUCUUUGUCGGCCGUAAGGACACAGCUCAAAUCAAGAUCAGAGGUCAGCGAGUGGAAGUUUUGUGCGAUGUCGAGCACAAUGUGCGGAAGCUUCUUACUCCUGAUGUUGCGAGUCUUGUCGAUGCUGUCUACCCGAAGGAAAAUGACUCUCCUUUCCUGACAGUCUUCAUUGAGACCCUUGGCCACGAAAAGAAUGUCCUCGAGGCCAAGCUUGUCGACGUGAGUCGCAGGCUGAUUGAUGUCCUUCCUGACUUCAUGCUUCCGACAAUCUACUACCCAAUCCACCAGAUCCCGCUGGGUCCGACUGGAAAAGCAGAUCGGCGUUCGCUCCGUGAGCUAGCUUGCUCUUUGACGUUUUCUCAGCUGCUAGAAGCACAAGCAAAGAUCUUGACACCUGCCGUUCAUACUGAACCGAAAAAUGACAUUGAAAUCAAAUUGCGCGAAAUUUGGGCAAGUCUACUCGCACUUCCGCCACCAUCUAUUAGUACAAGCGACAACUUCUUGCGUUUAGGAGGUGACUCUGUCAAAGCCAUCCGCAUGAUUUCUCUAGCCCGGAGACAGCACCUGGAAAUCUCUAUUUCCGACAUCUUUGGCGCGGCAACCUUGCGAGAUCUCGCAAGAAGGACGCAGCCGACGACUACCACUAUCGACCCGUCGCUAUAUCAGCCGUUCUCCUUGCUAGAUCCGCAAAUCGAUCAGACCAUUGUUCGUCAAUCUGUGGCGACGUUGCUUUGUAUUGAUGCAGAAGGUGUCGAGGAUAUCCUACCAUGUACGCCUAUGCAAGCAGGUAUGAUGGCAAUGACAUCCAUUCACGCCGGCGACUAUGUCCUGACAGAAUCAUAUCGCCUGCCGCCAAAUACGGAUCUGGAUGCACUUGAAACUGCCUGGUUCGAUGUACUUGAGUCAGCAUCAUUGCUGCGUACACGCAUAAUGGCGCUCCACGACGGAGGAGAGCUCAUGCAGGUCGUGCUUUGCGCCAAACACUGCUUCGAAUCUUCUUUCAAAACACCGCCACGGGACCAACUGACUUCAUCGUGGAAGCCUGGUACGCCUCUUUUCCGCGUUGCAAUAUCGCAUGAUCGUGACGAUCACCACAGUCUCGAUCUGCAAAUGCAUCACGCCAUAUUCGAUGGGUGGAGCCGUUCUUUGAUAUUUCAGGCCGUGGAGAAGGCAUACAAUCGUUCCCAAGAACCUCCACGACUUGCGCCUUUUCCGCCAUUUGUGGAUCAUGUGCUUCGACAGAUUGACCGGCCGGAGACGGCUACUUUUUGGACAGAGCAGCUGAAGAAUCUCGAUGUCGCGCCGUUCCCGCCCUUGUCCAAGACUGGAGGUCACAAAGAAGGGUUACGUCUUGAGUUCACGGACAUAAGCUGGCCUCGAGCAGGAAUCACGGCGUCGACUGUGAUACGCACUGCCCUGGCUCUCCUGUUGUCUAAGUAUACCAACUCUGAUGACGUGGUCUUCGGAGCCACCGUCAGUGGCCGGCAAGCAGCAGUCCCAGACAUUGAUUGCAUUGCCGGACCAACUAUCGCAACCGUCCCAGUGAGAGUGACGGUCAGCUGGGAGGAGAACUUGCAAGAACUUCAGCGACAAAUUCAGGAUCAGAUGAUUUCGAUGCACAAUUACGAACAAUUUGGGCUGCGCAACAUCUACCAGGCAGCUGGUCUUUCCGACGUGGGCGACUCAAGUCUUUUCCAGCUGCUGCUAGUGGUCCAGCACGAAGCUGACCUUUCUUUCGAAGCUAGCAGUCCAGGUCUUUUCUCCGAAAGGGCUGAAUCUUCUACUAGUUGGUCGGCUGACAAUCUCAAUCCUUUCAACGCCCACGGCAUGAUGAUAGUCUGCACACCUUCAAACUCUGGUGUCACUCUGGAAAUCAGCUUCGAUACCGAAUCCAUCGGGUUCCCAGAAUGUGAAAGAUUUGCGAAGCAGCUCGAACACUUGAUUCGCCUUGUCUGCUCUCCUGCACCGCAGAGAUUGAAGCUCAACGACUUGGUCUUGGCAAGUCAAAGCGAUGUACAGCAGAUACUCCUGUGGAACGAGACGACUUUGCCCUCUGUGCAUGAGUCAGUGGUUGGAAUCGUUCAAGCUCAGGUUUCAUCGAAUCCAGAUGCACCUGCUGUGGAAUCUCCCCACCUGAGGCUCACCUACGCGGAUCUCUGGCGAUUAUCCUCGAAGGCUACGAAAUCGCUGCUAGAGUAUAGUAUCCAAGGCCGUAGGAUACCUUUGAGCUUCGAGAAGUCGCCUUGGAUGGUCAUUGCCAUGCUUGCGGUUCUGCGUGCUGGUGGCAUUGCAGUACCACUCGCAUCUCCAACUUCGACAGAGCAGGCCGUCCAUGUUGUGAAGACUUGCGAGUCAGCAUUGGCGAUCACAUCACGGCAUCUUGUUGAUUGUUGUCCCUUCUCGGAUAUGUGCACACUAUUGGUCAUCGAGAACCUUGUAGAGGCAAAAGACGAUUCCGAUCUUACAGUGCAGCACGAGAGCCCGGCGUUGGCCAAUGGUGCUGUGAUCAUUUUCACCUCGGGCACAACCAGCAUCUCGAAGGGAACAUUGUGGAGCCAUCGUGCGCUGAGCAACAACAUUCGUGCAGCCAUGGGAUGUUUUGGACUCAGUAAGAGUAGUCGUGUCUUCCAAUUUGCGGCCUACGACUUCGACGUCAGCACGGUCGAGAGCCUGGCAGUGUUGUCCGCCGGAGGUUGCCUUUUCGUGCCCGAGCAACGCGAUAUCUGGGAUCGACUCUCCGUUGCAAUAGCUGAAGCGAAAGCAAACUGGAUCUGUCUUACUCCUUCCGUAGCAGAUACUCUCGACCCGAAGCAAAUACCAUGUCUGCAGACCUUCGUGUUCGCUGGUGAGAAGUUGAAGCAUGUCGACACUCAACCCUGGAUCGAGAAUGGCACCGCUGUGCUGAACUGGUAUGGUCCUGCCGAAGCUUCAGUUGCGACGUCCUGCUCUUUGAAAGACUCGGAGUGGCCGGCAGGACUCAUUGGUAGGAGCAAGUAUGCACGAACCUGGAUUCUUGAUAUUCGUGAUCCUACCAAACUUGCGCCCAUCGGCACUGUUGGCGAGCUUUGCAUUGAUGGCGACAUCGUAGCAGACGGUUACGUUAGUAGCGAGACCGAGGCGACACAACAUAUCGCCUUCACGCCACCACCAGCGGUCGAGCAUGUGGCUAUACCCACUCUCACUCAGCGUUGCACGACAUUCCGGACUGGCGAUCACGUCAAAUAUGAUGCAACAGGCAACCUUGUAUUCAUCGGGCGAGGCAAAGACAGCUGGACCAAAGUCCAUGGUAGACGGGUCCAGCUUCAUGAGAUCGAUGAAGCCGCGCAGGCCUUCUUCGCCGGGCGUUUCAUCACAAUCGUAACGGACGUGAUCAAGCUGGCAGAUGUGGAGAAGGAGUGUUUGGUUCUCUUCCUUUGCCGCUCUGCUGAUAUAUCAAGCAAAUGCACCCUGGCUCUUGAUCGUGACUACGAUCACGAACAGCUGUCCCGACUGAGACGUCAUCUGGCGCAGCAACUACCAGCUUACAUGGUUCCCACAUAUCUCAUACCCGUGAACGAGCUACCACUGGGAAAGACUGGCAAGGUUGACAGACGGGCCCUUUGUCAGUUCGGUAGCCAUCUCUCGCGCACUGAACUUGUGGCACUUGUCCAGUCUCAUGAGACCAAAGAGCAAGCUUUCACCCAAAAGGAAGACGCCCUACGACACCUCUGGGCGGCUGUGCUCGGCAUCACUUUGGACCAGAUCAGCCUCGACAGUCACUUCUUCCGCUUAGGAGGCGACUCGAUUGCUGCUAUGCGUCUGGUUUCACUGGCUCGUGGGCGGGGUCUACAUAUCAACACCGCGUCCGUUUUCCAAAGUCCUCUUCUUGUCGAGAUGGCUUCAACAAUGACGGCCGGCGUCAACGAUAGUGCUGAGCAGAUCAAACCAUUCUCGCUCCUAAGUUCAGAAGUGAACGUCGAAGAAGUGACUUCAGCAGCGGCUCGGCUUUGCAGUAUCCCGGCAGCAGAUAUAGUCGACAUGUAUCCGUGCACACCUUUGCAGCAAGGCCUACUCGCACUGACUGCACGAAAUCCCGGUCAAUAUAUUUCACGGAGUGUGCUGAGUCUUCAGUUGGGUAUUGAACGCUCACGAUUGAAAGAUGCUUGGCUUGCGACAGUGGCUCAUUUACCGGUUCUGAGGACCCGUUUUGUUGACCUUCCUGGACUCAACCUUGUGCAAGUUAUUACCAAAGACCUUCUUCUUCAACGUGGAGACGACAUCGAAGAGUAUGUUCGACAGGAUGAGCAGAAGCCGAUGUUUCUCGGCGAUGCACUUUGUCGUGCCGCUCUGGUCCAAGAUUCUUUCGUCCUCACGAUCCAUCACAGCAUAUAUGACGGGGCCUUCCUGUCUAUGCUCCUCAGCGAAGUGGAGGCCAGGUACAUCUCGAGCGCUGACAUCGUCACAACGCCAUACCAGGCCUUUGUCAAGCACAUUUCGCAAUUGCCAGUCGACAAGUCCAGAGAAUUCUGGACACGUGAGCUUGGCAAAGCGGAGUUUCAUUUGUUUCCUCACCUACCGACGGCCUCAUAUGUCCCACAGGCCACCCGUGAGCUGAAGCGACCUAUUACCUUACAGUGGCCUCGCGAUGUGAACACUCCGACCAUCAUCGUCCGGUCUGCCUGGGCUCUUGUUGUCGCUCGAUUCUCGAUGAGCACGAAUGUCAUCUUUGGAAAUGUUCUGAGCGGAAGAACGAUAGAUCUGCCAGGGAUCGAGCACUGCGCUGGUCCCACGGUGUGUACCAUUCCACUUCCUGUCUGCGUCGAUUGGGACGAGGACAUCAACACAUUUCAGUCGCGGCUGAGGCAACAAGAUCUCAACGCGGCGCCGCAUCAGCACUAUGGAGUACACAACAUUACCCGUGCAGCUGGAAAGUCCACUCAGGGCCAUCUCUUCCAGACCCUUCUUGUGGUGCACGCGGUCUCGGAAGGCAAGACUUUGCAAUCAGACAAUUCCAUCUUCAAAGCUCGAACAUUUGGGUCCACGUUGGACACCAUCGGUGCAGAUCCCUUCAACGCCCACGCCCUGCUGGUCUCAUGCUGGCUUGCCCCAGACGGGCUGGUUUUGGCUGUGAGCUUUGAUGAGAGCGUCUUGACGAUUGCACAGGUGAAUUUACUUGCACAGCACUUCGAACGCGUGCUGCGACAGCUUGUCAGCUCGAGUGCGAUGAGCACUGGAUCUGCGUCGGAGGUGAGUCUGGAAGAUCUUCACAGCUUCUGGAGUCAGCGACCAGGUCCUCGACUCGCCAGCGACCGGAGUGGAAUCCAUUUCGAUCGCUUCCCCCAAAGCGAUGGAACGAGCAACAUCCAGACACUGCCAGCCCGACAGGACUCGGCCAUAGGUCUGGCGGCGAGCACAUGUUCGCAUACCAACCGCGUCGCUGCACCAAAUGACGGACUAGAUCAUCGAAUGCUGGAACAAGCAUCUUCAGCAUGCCGUGUUUCAAUGAAUGAUAUUGAAGAUAUGUAUCCUUGCACACCCUUGCAGGGAAGUCUCAUGGCUUUGUCUGAGCGUCGAACUGGAGACUACGUGGGUCAUGAUAGUCUCCCCUUGGCGGCAUCCGUGGAUGUCGACCGUUUUCGUGCAGCUUGGGAGAAAGUGCUUCUUGCAAUGCCGAUCCUCCGGACUCGCAUCCUUGAUAUUCCUGGAGUCGGCCUGACACAGAUCGUCAUGCGAACGCCUACGCCAUGGUCUAGUUCUACGACACAGGUCGAAUUUGAACUCGAGCAGAACGAGCAGGUGAUGUCUCUUGGACAGCCACUCGCAAGGUAUGGCAUUGUCAGGGAUGGAGGCAAGCACCGGUUCUUGUUGACUACCCAUCACGCGGUCUACGAUGGCAUGACGAAUGUUCUCAUUCGCGAGACGUUGGAUGCCUAUUAUCACCAGCGGACGCCAAAGCCUACCCUGCCAUUUCGACACUUUGUGGAGAAUGUCAUCAGAGCUUCCCACGCAGAGUCAGAGCAAGUCUUUUGGAAGUCUCAAUUUCAGGAUCUCGACACUCAACAUUUCCCAAGUCUCCCUUCGGCUUCUUAUCAACCGCAGCCAAAUACACUAGUGGCCAAAUCGAUCGACAAGCUUUCCUGGCGUACAGACGGCAUUCUGUCUUCCACGAUUGUGCGUUCGGCGUGGGCACUCGUGUGUCGUCGCUACGCAAGCUGUGACGUGGUCUUUGGAGCCAUCGUCUCGGGUCGACAGGCAGCGAUAGACAACGUGGACCGCAUUGGUGGACCCACGAUCGCAGCUGUGCCGGUCAGGAUACGAGCAGAUCCGGAUCUGACCGUCGAAGAAUUCCUGGCCAAGGUGCAAACACAAGCCAUCGAGAUGAUCCCUUUCGAGCAGAGUGGGAUUCCACGCAUAGCAAGCUGUAGCGACGAGGCUCGCGAAGCAUGCAAGUUCCAGUCCAUGCUGGUCAUCCAGCCUCCACAGACGAUGAAUUUGUCGGACACCAGCCUUUUCGACCCUCCCGACUCAGGCCAACAGCAACUGCGCUCCUAUGCUAGAUUCAGCAGCCAUGCGUUGACGGCCGUGUGCCUCCUCCAGGACGACCGUCUUGAGGUUCAAUUCAUUGUCGAUCCCCUGAUUCUUGAUGACCAGGCGACUUCGGCCUUUGCGGACCACUUCGCGCAAGCUGUCCAGGAACUGUGCCGAGCCGAGUCAACAGCAAGAUUGUCUGAAAUGAGAAUGAUCACCGAUCAUGAAGUGGAUCAGAUCUGGCAGUGGAACCAAGAGGUCAAACCAUACACAGACACAUUCGUGCAUCAAAUGAUCGACCGCAUUGCUCAACAGCAGCCCGACAAGGUUGCUGUUUGUGCGUGGGAUGGCGAGCUUACGUACCGUCAACUGGCCCACCGGGCAACCUCCAUCGCGCAUGCAAUACUUGGAACGGGAGUCACGGGCAAUCGAUUCGUGCCAAUUUGUUUCGAAAAGUCCGUGUGGACCACAGCUGCAUUCUUGGGGACUGUGAAGGCUGGCUGUGCCGUUGUGAUGCUCGAUCCUUCUCUCCCCGAGGCUCGCCUGAGAGAGAUGGUCCGACAAACGGAGGCGGACCUGAUUCUCUCCUCUCCUGAGAAUGCUGACCUGUCGCAAAGGCUCUGCAAACAUGUGCUUGUCAUUGACGCCAACGCAAGGCAGAAUUACGACGAAGCACCAGCUUUUCAAUCCGAGCUUCCGCCCGUGCAGCCCGACGACCUUCUCUAUGUCACCUUCACAUCGGGCAGUACUGGCAUCCCGAAAGGAUGCCUGGCCACGCACGAGAACUGGAGCACGGCGGCCGUUCGGCAGAAAGGCUCGUAUGGGAUCAACAACCGAUCACGACUGUAUGACUUUUGCUCGUACUCAUUUGAUGCCCAUCACGUGGGCCUCUUCCAUACGCUCUGCGCUGGCGGCACGCUCUGUGUUCCUUCGGAGAAGCAGAGAAGAGAUCAAUUACCGGAGAGCAUUCGACAGUAUCAGGCCACCGACCUCCUGAUCACGCCCAUAACAGCAAGCAUGCUCGACCCCGCCACCAUGCCAACCGUGAAACAUGCCAUUAUCAUGGGAGAUAAGGUCAGCAAAGAAGAGCUGACUUCGUGGGCUGCGCAAGUCAAAGUCUGGCAUGGCUACGGACCUUCGGAAUGCUCGGCUGCGGCCAUGAGCUGGGAAGUCCCGUAUCCCAUGCCCGAGAACAUGCAAGUUUCAAUCGGCAAGGGCGCAGGGCAGGUCACGUGGAUUGUGGACCCGGCCAAUUACGACCAGCUUUGUCCGAUUGGAACCGUGGGGGAGCUCUUCCUCGAAGGCCCACUGGUUGGACCAGGAUACCUCCAGAACGAAGAAGCCACACGAGCAGCAUUUAUCGAUUCUCCCAAGUGGCUGUCAGAAGGGAGCAGGAGCAGCUCGGGAAGACGUGGAGUUGUCUAUCGGACAGGAGACCUGGUCAAAUAUGAUAUCGGGAGCGGCAACAUCAUUUUCGUCGGAAGAAAAGAUUUUCAGGUCAAGCAUCACGGUAAGCGGCUCGAGCUUGGCGAGGUUGAGCAUCAGGUGUUGAAGUGUUUGGCGACAAGAAAUGUAUCGUGCCUCCUCGCCGCUGAGCUCGUAGUUCCAGACGUAACGCGGAGGCCGAUUGUUGUGGUCUUCCUGCAGAUGGACGGAUCUGCUUGGGAAAGUUUGCGUGAUCAUCUGGGCGGACUCGUCCAAGAACUGGCAGAUCAGCUCCCGGCUCACAUGUUGCCCGGCACCUUCGUACCUCUGCCAAAUAUGCCAUUGAGUGCCGCUGGCAAGAUCAAUCGGACGAAGCUGCGGGAAAUCGGCAAAGGACUUGGUGUGAACGAGCUGGUGUUGCCAGCCUCUCGGUCAUUGAUCGAGCCUCCAGCAACGGAUGGUGAGCGUAGGCUCCAGCAAAUGUGGGCUCAGACUCUUCACAUUUCCGGCGAUCUUAUCGGCCGCAAUAGCAACUUCUUCCGAGUCAGUGGCGAUUCGAUCAUGGCCAUGCAGCUCAUGGCACGAGCCCGUCGACAAGGCAUCUCACUCCCAGUGUCCGAGAUCUUGGCCAACCCAGUCCUGGAGGAUAUGGCGCAAGUCAUGUCGAGCGAUGAUGUGACACCUGAUCAGCAAGCAGUCCAACCUUUCUCCCUCCUGAGACAUCCGGGAAGGGCGGAUGUUCUUCGAAAUGAGGUUGCUCAACAGUGUGGAGUGGACGUGGAAGCCGUUGAAGACUGUUACCCCUGCACAGCGGUCCAGAAAUCACUGCUUGCCGUGACCUCGAUGAGGCCGGGGGACUAUGUUGCUCGUAUCCCGAUCGAGGUCGCUCACGAUGUUGACGUGGCGCGACUUCGAGAGGCCUGGUUUGACGUGGUUGCUGAUUUCGCUCCGGUCCUGUGCAACCGCGUGCUAGCUGUCGACGGGGAAGGAUUCGUGCAGGCACAGCUUCGAGCGCCUCUCGACUGGAGUGAGUAUGCAAACCUGGAAGCCUUCCACCAAGCCGAGGCCAGCUACACUAUGGGACUCGGCACAGCAUUGACAAGGCUUGCUCUCGUCGACGCCGAUCCUUCUGGCAAACGACUCUGUGUCCUCACACAGCACCACGCGAUCUAUGAUGCCGUGUCCCUCUCGCUGCUUCUUAGAGCCGUGUGCAACACCUACCAAGGCCACACCGCACAGCUUCGACCGUCCCCCUUCCAAAACUUCAUGCAAUACACUCUUGCUAUCAGCCACGAGAAAUCCAAAGCAUUCUGGAGACACCACUUUGCACAAUGUGCAGCAACAGCGUAUCCCGCACUUCCCAGAGAUCAGUAUCAACCCCAGGCCGACAGCACAAUCGUUCAUGACAUGGCCGCCGUAUCCUGGCCCGAGCUCGAUGUCACUCCUGCGAUAGUCAUUCGUGCAGCUUGGGCAAUCCUUUCAGCGCGAUAUACCGACUCGAACGAUGUAGUCUUUGGCGUUCUUAGUACGGGCCGUCAAGCGCCUGUUGACGGUAUCGAAGACAUGAUUGCGCCUCUGAUAGCCGCCGUGCCUGUACGCACGCGGAUGGCGUCCGAUAUGCCCGUCCAUCAACUGUUGGCUGAGAUGCAGAAGCUAUCCCUCGAGAUGAUUCCAUUCGAGCAGACCAGCAUGACUGAUAUACAGGCCUCGAGCGAAGACGCUGCCGCUGGAGCCAGGUUCAAUACUCUCUUGAUUGUCCAGCAUUCCGGGCAAGCAGCGGCACCGACCUUUGGAAGCGGACCAUUCGUUCGUCUGGCGCACUCUCUGGAUGAUGGUAGCCUAGAUCACUUCAAUCCGCACGCAGUAAUGCUCAUGUUCCAAUUCCAGGACGGCGGAAAGCUGCGAAUGGAGAUGAGCUACGACUCAAAUGUCAUCAGCACGCCUCAAGCCAAACUCCUCGUCACUCAUUUUGAGCAAGGUCUCCGGCAGAUUUGUGCGUGUACAGAUGGCGAAACGGUUCAGGACAUCAGUCUGCUGAGUGAUGCGGACCUCGAAUGUCUCUGCAAGUGGAAUGCCACGCUCCCUGCACCGACGUGCUCCUGCGUCCACGAGCUCUUCGAUGCCACUGCAAAGCAGUAUCCGGACACUCAGGCGCUGUGCGCUUGGGAUGGCGAGCUCACAUACCUGGAGCUCAACGAUCUAUCACACAGCCUGUCUCGGCAGCUCGUCGCGCGUGGUGUGAAGCCUGGCGAUGUCAUCCCACUGUGCUUCGAGAAGUCCAUGUGGAUGCCAGUGGCUGCUCUUGGAGCCAUGCGAGCCGGUGCAGCGUGCGUCUCUGUUGACUGUACACAGCCGGAAGGGCGCCUGAAGACUAUCCUAGGCAAGAUUCAACCAAAGUAUAUUCUCACAUCCUCAGCGAACAAGGGCUGGGCAAGCCGACUGUACGCUGCCGAAGUAGUCUUGGUGGAUCGAGACCACAUUGUAGAUCAGAAUACCACCACUGUUGAGCUUCCGAAAGUUGCCCCAGAGGACCUCUUGUACGUUGUGUUCACAUCUGGGUCAACGGGCGAACCAAAGGGUGUUACCACGACUCACCAGAACUUCUCUUCCGCUUUCACACAUCAGAGGGACCCCCUGAAGGUCUAUCACGGAACCCGAGUCUUCGACUUUGUCUCCUACAGCUUCGAUGUGUCCUGGUCGAAUACGUUGAACACGCUCCUUUGCGGCGCAACUUUGUGCAUUCCUUCCGAGCUCGAGCGCAAGAACGAUAUCCCUGGCGCGUUCAAUCGCAUGAGAGCGGACUAUUCAUUCUUCACGCCAUCAGUUGCUCGCUCACUCAACCCUCUCACGCUGCCUGGGCUCAGAACGCUCGCCAUGGGCGGCGAACCAAUCCCCGCUGCAGAGAUGGCCCGCUGGAGACAAGUCAACACCUUCAUUGGCAUCUACGGACCGGCUGAAUGUGCGCAAGCGCUGACCAUAACAGAGUUGACGAGCGAGAGCCCACCGGCGUACGUCGGAAGAUCUUUCGGAGCCAGGACUUGGCUGGUGGAGCCUGGUCGAGUGGACCGCCUGGCUCCCAUAGGGACUCCGGGAGAACUCGUGCUCGAUGGACCGGCCGUGGCGACGGGCUAUUGGGCCGAUCAGGAGAUGACAAAAGCUGCAUUCCUCCCAAGCCCAGCCUGGCUUUCCCCAUUUUCAGACCCCGAAGGCUACGUGUACAAGACCGGCGAUCUGUUACGCUACAACGAGGACGGCUCCUUGACUUUCCUCGGCCGAAAAGACCAGAUGGUGAAGCUUCGCGGUCAGCGAAUCGAACUGAGCGAAGUCGAGUAUAAUUUGCUCAAGGCGCUUCGCAAGCAUACAACGCUAUGUGACUCCGUCGCCGUGGAAGUCAUUACGCCGGCAAAUAGUCCAGCCCCGAUUCUGGCGGCCUUCCUGGCAUUGAAGCACGAUCUCGCUUCUCAUGAGAGGCUGGAUCGAACCUUCCGCCUCUCGCGAGCGUUGGAAGAAGUAGAAGACGACAUUCGAGAAGUUCUGCCGCAGUACAUGAUCCCUGGAGCAUACAUCACUCUCGACGAGAUGCCCAUGACGACAACCAACAAGAUCGACCGACGCGCCCUUCGCAGCAUAGGCGGCCAGAGGAAGCUGGAAGAUCUCGCGAGCAUGCAAUUGCAGAGCAAGGCAGCGCAGAAAGGCCCGAGCACUGAUAUGGAAAAGAGAAUCCAGCAGCUUUGGUCCCAGAUCCUUGGCAUCGAACCGUCCAGCAUCAAGUCCCAAAGCAGUUUCUUGAGGAUUGGAGGCGAUUCCAUCUCGGCCAUGCGUCUUGUGGCUGCAGCAAGACAGGCUGGCGUCUCCUUUACCGUAGCCGACAUCUUUCGGAACCCAAGGCUGUCACAGUUGGCCGAGGUGGCGAAAGAGAUCACAAUGCCAGCUGAAGUGCCCAAGCUGGAGCCACGGAAGCCCUUCUCUCUGCUCCCCGAGACAGCGGCCGACCACAUGAGCUUCCUCUACGAUACUGUAGAACCACUUCUCGGCGACGGCGCCGAGGCAGAUGACAUCCAAGACGUCCUACCCACGACCGACUUCCAAGAGCUCGCUGUUCGUGAGAAUUUGCAGAAUCCACCUGGUCGUCUGCCGCACUUCAUCCUCGAUUUACCCAAAGAUGUGGAUGUCGUACGUCUGAGAAGAGCGUGUAAACGAGUCGGCGAACACUUUGAGAUCUUGCGCACCGUCUUCAUAGAGCUCGAUAAUCGAUUGUGGCAAGUCCAGCUCGGCCACCUGAAGCUUCGCUUCGAUGUUGUCAAAGCCGUAGACGGAGACGUUGACAAUGCUGUCAAAGCAGCGUGCGAGCAAGACCUCAAGCGACGUCGAAAAUUGGGAGAAUCGUCACUGGCAUUCACGGCCAUUACCCCCGAGCAAGGACAAGGACAAGGGAAACUCGUUUUCCGCCUUUCUCACGCGCAAUUCGACGAUUACAGUCUUGCCGCCAUGUUCACAGCGCUCACAGCAUUCUACCUCGGCGAAAGCGUCCCCUCGCCUCAGAUGGGAUUCGGAGACUUGCUCACAUAUCAUCAGCAAAGGAAAGAAGCCAGCCUCCGUCACUGGAGCGCAAGACUACAAGACUGUCCGCCUCCCGAAUGUACGAGCGGUCGUCCUCUCACCACCGAAGACCGCUUGUCCUUCCAGCAAAGUAUCCCGCUGCUCCGAGCAGAGCAUUGCAAAGGUAUCCCACUCGCAACAAUCUUCCAUGCCGCGUGCUCUCUCGCCAUCGCUAAGCACUGUGGACGAGACGAAGUGGUAUUGGGUCGCUUGGUCACCGGACGUGCUAUGCUUCCCGUCGAACUUCAGGAAGUAGUAGGCCCUUGUUUAGUCGAGCAACCGAUUCGCUACAAAGCACAAUCAGGGGAUGAUGAUGUUUUCGCUGUAGCUCGAGUCCUGCAACAACAAUUCAUCGAAGACUCCAGCUACGAGGCGGUCGGGAUGCUGGAAAUCCUUCGCCACGCUACCACCGCAUGGCCGACCGAAUGUUGUGAUUUCGGGUGGCGCACGGCUUUCCAGCAAGAAGAUGGGUCCGAGGUCUCGUUCUUAGGGCAAGAGAAGGCGGGAAUGACGGCUUUUGAGAGACCGCAUCUGCCACGGCUUCGACCUGAGAUCUAUGCUGCGCCGAAGAAUGGGAGGCUGGAGUUGGCGUUUGAAGGGAAUAGGGGACUGCAGGAGGAGGAGGAUGUGCGGGAAUUGAUGAAUCGGAUCGCGGAUCUCUUGGCGGCUUGUGCUAAGUAGCUGUCGUGGGUGGUGACGGUCCUCCCGUAUCUGUAAUCGUUUUCAAGGGAGACAGGUGCUGUGGAUCAAUUCUCUCGCAACAGGUUCCCGAGUAGAUAGUCAGAUGAGCAUGAUGGGAGCAUCCAGUAUUCUCAAGCG